AUGGGCCUGACAUCAGAAUGGGCGAGAAAUCUAUGGGAGUUCUGCAAGAGGAACAUCAUCCCCGAUCUCUUCGUCAAGAGGAGGUUGAACUUUAUCACCAUACACUAUCUGUACAUGAUUGGGAUGACCAUUCUGGGCUCGGUCAUUAUGUAUGGGAUCGGUGAUAUCGCAUACAUCGACGCCCUGUUCUUCGCAUCCGGAAGCUGCACCCAGAGCGGUCUCAACACCGUCGACGUGGACAACAUGAAGACUGGUCAACAGUUUAUGCUCUUUUUCCUCGCCAUGAUGUGCAACCCCAUCGUCGUCAACUCGGCAGUCGUCUUCGCCCGACUGUAUUGGUUCGAAAAACGGUUCGAGGCCGUCGUCAAGAACACAAAUGCUCUGCGACGAACAAAGUCGAGGCAGCGGACCACCACCUUCGGAAAGGAUGACCCUGAACCAGGUCUGCCGGGCGUCGCAGGCAGGGCGAUUCGGAUAUUGCGAAACACCGGGCGCAGCCAAGGUCAUCCAGAUGCUGAGAAGCUCGACAACGGCAAUGGAAAGGCAGUCGAUUCGUCUGACACAUCUCAAGAGGAGCAAGAGGAAUCAAAGCGGGCCAUUGCUGAUAAUCGCCCACAGUUCCUGACAGUUAGGUCCGCCGAUGAUGUGCGUGUGCCCCCACAAAUGAGUCCAGAACAAAACAUCCGCUUUUUCGAGAACCAGCGAAAUCCCAGUGACACGACUGCUCUGCGAAUCCCCAGUCCUCGCGAAUUCGAAUUGGGUGACCGACCUCAAAAUGUUAGUGCCAGUUUUGACGACAAUGUAUUGCACACAGUCACGAGCCACGCCGACUUCUCCAGCACUGGUAAGGGAGCAGCCGACGUGGCAGCUGCGGAUGACCCUGCUCCUCCCGCGCACAUCACCAUCGACGAACCACAGGUCACGCGAGACCGUCAGGACCGAAGCGCCACCUUUCCCCGGCUCAACACGAGACAAUCUACACAACCGUCGCACACUUAUGAUGCCCCUGACCCUAGCUCUUACCUUCGCAGGAGGGGUUCGAAUACGUUUCGAUCGCUGCAUCGCGUCAACACGCCGCGUGCACAGGAUCUCGCCCCGUAUCUGAGCUGGCAGCCGACAAUCGGAAGGAACUCCUUUUUCCUUGGCCUGACAGAGGAACAGCGAGAAGAGCUGGGCGGGAUAGAAUAUCGGGCACUCAAGGCCUUGGCCUUGAUACUUGUCCUGUACUUCUUCUGCUUCCACAUUCUCGGUAUUAUUUGUUUAAUCCCAUGGAUCCUACGCACAAGUUACGGAAAAUAUGUGACAGGACAAUCGCAGGGAAGAGUCUGGUGGGGUAUCUUUACAAGUGCUUCUGCCUUUAACGACCUCGGCUUCACUCUUACCAACAACUCUAUGAUCUACUUCCAGCAGGCCGUUUUCCCCCUGCUGCUAAUGACCUUUCUGAUAAUUAUCGGCAACACUGGAUUUCCAUGCAUGUUGAGGCUCGUUAUCUGGGCAACAUCCAAGUGUGUCCGAGAAGGCAGUCCUCUGUGGGAGGAGCUCCAGUUUCUUCUGGACCAUCCCCGCCGUUGCUUCACCCUCCUGUUCCCUCGAGAAGCGACUUGGUGGCUGUUUGCCAUCCUCGUUAUUCUAAACGGACUGGAUCUGAUCUUUUUCAUCAUCCUCGAUCUGAACGAUCCCGUCGUCACUUCCUUACCAAAGGGGAUCCGGUUUCUUGACGGUCUGUUUCAAGCCGCAUCGACUCGAACCGCGGGAUUUUCCGUGGUCAACCUUGCUGAACUCCACCCUGCCAUUCAGGUCAGUUAUCUGAUCAUGAUGUACAUAUCCGUCUUUCCCAUCGCCAUUUCUAUGCGAAGAACGAACGUGUACGAGGAGAAGAGUUUGGGAAUCUACGGGUCUCCGUCCGAGGAGGAGGAAGACGAGGGCGAGCCAAGCUAUGUCGGCGCACAUUUGCGAAGACAGCUUUCCUUUGACUUGUGGUACAUCUUCCUUGGCAUGUUCAUCAUCGCCAUUGUCGAGGGCGGUCGAUUGCAGAAUCCCAGCGACACCGCCUUCACCCUCUUCUCUGUGCUCUUCGAGAUUGUCUCUGCAUACGGCACCGUCGGUCUUUCCUUGGGCUAUCCGACCAUCAACGCUUCCUUUUCAGCCGAGUUCCACGUACUUUCAAAGCUGGUGAUAAUCGCCAUGCAGAUCCGUGGAAGACAUCGUGGACUCCCGUACGAACUUGACCGCGCAAUCCUUUUACCCUCCGAGAGCCUGCAAGCGAAGGAAGCCAAGGAGGCCGAACGGGUCAUGUCCCGGGUACAACGUCGGAGGUCGUCCAUAGGAGCAUAUUCGACGAUGUCUGCUGUCGAUGGGAAUAUAGAAGGACGCCAGUUCCGCCCGGAGACAGGGCUUUCUUCGGGGUUGCGAGAUAUCGACGAGAACUCAGCGUUCCCCCGUCCUCGCGCCAAUACGAACCGAUCACACCACAGAACGGGAAGCUCAACUGAACAUGCACUACACAGCGACCGGCACAGCGAACCGCACAGUGCACGGCGUGGUAUCGGAAUUGGAAUGUUCAAGCUUGCGACUGGCGUCGAGGCUAUCAAGGAGGAGAAGUCACGGGAGUAG